AUGGCUGUUAUUUGCCAUCAGAUGGCGAAGGAGCGGAAUCUUACCUCUGAUGUCGAGAUAGGUAGACAUGAUGUUUACUUAAGAGCACAUACAAGCAAGGACAAAGUUGUCCAGUAUCCUGACCUUGUUGAAAAAUUAGAUGACCUUUAUUCUAACAAUCCUUCUUCUAAGAUUACCGGCGUUGACGAUGCCCUUACACAGUUGGUUAGUUCUGACAGUAAAGGGCGAAUGCGGGGUCUAGGUUGCUCAAUAACUAAGACAGGACUGAAGAUGUCAGCCCCUGCCCGUUCAAAGGUAGAGAAUUUAAUAAAAGAAAGAGAUGGCCUAGUGCAGGAGAUAUUUGAUAUAAAGAAAUCAUUGCCCAAGAUGGAGUCCUGGAUGGAGUUGCAGCAACACGCACAAUCUACUCAAAACCUCUCAUCACCAACAAUUGCUAAAUCCGCUCAGGCAUCAUCGGAUGAUGAGAAUGAUAUCAAUGACUUGACUGGUUGUCACGCCCCGAACUCGGAAACCGGGCUCACAAAAUUCCCGCUCGCCGAACCCGGCGCCGACAGCCUCCGUAAGUGGCUCGGAAAUAGACAAAUAAGAUGCAAUUGGGUUGCUAAAGGAGCUGGCUUUGCUGAGGAAAAACCCCAAAGUGAAAACGAAAAUCAAAACAUGGUGGUCCUGACAAAUGGUAGUUCAGGUUCCAGCCAUGUUUGGAGGCCAUGCUGCGAGCUGAAACUGACCUCCAACUGGGCCGUGAAGAGAGUUGCAGCAGGCCUUUAA